UCAGAAAAAAAACACCAAAUGGAGAUAAUUAACGAAACAAUUUUUAAAAGCGAGGAAACACGUAAGCAAGGACAAGCGAGGAAAAGUACAAUAGAAUCGAAAAUCGAAAGUAGAAUUUAGGAUCGCAGUUACAUUUCAUGUAGGUCCUAGAAUCUAGACUCUAGAUUCUAGAUCUACUUGAAUUUUAUUUCAGUGCAGCGUUCUCAUACCGUGCUCUGGGACGGAGGGUCCGUUCAAGCUGAAAAAAUGGUCAUAGUGAUCAGGAACUUGAUGCAGACCCAAUGCUGCUUUCUAAAGAGGGUUAAACUUUUAUUGGAAGUACAGAUGAUGUGCAGAGCUCUCCAUGUACACAGGAAAUGUUUGCCUUUGUCUGGCUCAGCACCAAUGGGCACUUCUCUUCAAGGUCAUAUUGCAACGAAAUAUACACCAUCCAUGCGACUGCACUCAAGCAGAUCUCCUGAUUCAUCCUGUCGCUUAAGUUUCCGUCAAGCAAAUGGACUCGGCCAUAUUGAACCUCAAUGUUGGCGUGUACAAGUAAAAGACUUUUCAAUAAGAUGCUACAGCAGAGGUUCGAGGCGGGGGCUGGAGAGGAAGCGGAGAGAAGCUGACGUGUUGGAUGUUGCUGUCGCUGCCGAGCAAGUCGAGGGAAACCUUGGGGAGACAGAAGGCUCAGCUUUGGCAGAGUACGCUGACGAUAGUGAUGAUAGAUUGUCGAUUGAUCUAACCACCACUUCACAGGAUUCCUCUGUCGACCUGCACUCAAGACCUGCCGCUGAUCUGUCUGUUCCGGAGCUGUCUCGACGAGCCAUGAACCUGGUGCCGUUCGUGAAUCGGUCAGAAACUCUGCAGAAGUUGGUUCAGCUCGGAGUGGACCUAAGCGUGGUUCAACAGGUGGAAGGAAUGUCGACCCUGCUGGUGAGGUCCGACUUCGAGCGCGACAUCAUGCCGUACAUCCGCUUCCUGGCCGAUGUCGGAGUUCCGGCGGACAGACUCGGGCACGUCCUGACGGUGAAUCCUCACAUACUGACGGAGGACAGGGCCGAGUUGGAGCAGAAGAUUGGGCCCUGAAGUGAGACUGGUUGCUGUCAAAUAUCCCAAGAUUCUUCCAUACAAGAAGGAUAAAAUUGCUCUCACGCGCUUCCAAGUGAAAGGGUUUUUGGGCUUUUCUGACGUGGAAAUGAAAGAAAUUUUGCUGAAAGAACCCAGAAUUUUCAUGACAGAGAACCGCCAGCUGGUGUCCACGUUUGACUACCUCCACAACACCAUGCUCAUUCCACACCGGCUACUCCUCACCUUCCCUGGUGCCCUGACGCACAGUCCGAGCGCGCUCAGAACACGCCACUUGUUCCUGCUGGCGCGACACAGGGCGCAGUACGACCCGUGCCUGGAGAACUACGUGUCGCUUAAGGCUCUGGUUUCCGGCACGGACGACGCGUUUUGUGCGGACGUCGUCAAGUGUGGUGUGCAGGAGUUUUACGAUUUUAUCAAGACUCUUUGAGUGGGGUGUGGUGUGCAAGAGUUUUACGAUUUUAUCAAGACUCUUUGAGUAUAGUGUGUGGUGUGCAAGAGUUUUAUGGCUUUAUCAUGACUCUUUGAGUUAUGAGUGUGUGGGUAAUGUUGAAGAGUUUUACGAUUUUAUCAAGACUCUUUGAGCUAUGAGUCUAUGGGUAGUGUUGAAGAGUUUUACGAUUUCAUCAAGACUCUUUGAGUAAAGUAAAGUUUGGAGGGGGCAAGAGUUUUUUGAUUUUAUCAAGACUCUUUGAGCUAAAUAUUGUGGAGUUUUACGAUUUUAUCGAGACUCUCUAAGCUAUGAGUCUAUGGGUAGUGUUCAAGAGUUUUACGAUUUUAUCAGCACUCUUUGAGUUCAAUCUUGUGUUUACGAUUUUAUCAAGACUCCUUGAGUGGGGUGCAAGAAUUUUACGAUUUUAUCAACACUCUUUGAGUUCAAUCUUGAGUUGAUGAAUUUGUCGAGACUGUCUAAGGCAAGUGCGGUGUGCAAGAGGUUUACGAUUUUAUCUUGACUCUUUGAGCUAUGUAUGGUGUUGAAGAGUUGUGUGAUGUUUUUAAGACUGUUUGAACUAAGUGUGGUGUCUAAGAGCUGUACGCAGGACUUUUUGAGUUACGGUAAUUGUGGUGUUAUACGAGUUUUACGGUUUUAUCAAGACUCUCUAAGCCAAGUGUGGUGUUUAACGAGUUUUAUGAUUUUAUCAAGACUCUUUAAGCCAAGUGUGGUGUGCAAGAGUUUUGCGAUUUUAUCUAGACUCUUUGAGCUAGAUAUUGUGGAGUCGAUGAUUUUAUCAAGACUCUUUGAGCUAGAUAUCGAGUUGAUGAUUUUAUCUAGACUCUUUGAGCUAGAUAUCGAGUUGAUGAUUUUAUCGAGACUCUUUGAGCUAGAUAUCGAGUUGAUAAUUUUAUCUAGACUCUUUGAGCUAGAUAUCGAGUUGAUGAUUUUAUCGAGACUCUUUGAGCUAGAUAUUGAGUUGAGGAUUUUAUCGAGACUCUUUGAGCUAGAUAUCGAGUUGAUGAUUUUAUCUAGACUCUUUGAGCUAGAUAUCGAGUUGAUGAUUUUAUCUAGACUCUUUGAGCUAGAUAUCGAAUUGAUGAUUUUAUCUAGACUCUUUGAGCUAGAUAUUGUGGAGUUGAUGAUUUUAUCUAGACUCUUUGAGCUAGAUAUCGAGUUGAUGAUUUUAUCGAGACUCUUUGAGUUAUGUAUGGUGUGGAAGAGUUUAAUGAUAUUUUCAAGACUGUUUGAAUAAGUCUGGUGUCUAAGAGUUGUACGCAGGACUCUUUGAGCUGAAUGCAGAGUUGAAGAGUUUUACGAUUUUGUCGAGACUGCUUGAGCUAAAUGUGAUGGAUGUCGAAGAGUUAUAGGAUUUUAUUAAGAAUCCUGGAGCUAAAUGUGGGGUUGAAGAGCUUAUUAAUUUAUUAGACGGCGUAAAUGCUGCUUUUGAUAAGUCUACUCGCAGCCUUCUGAGAAGGUGGAUCUUCUGAAGUCAGGGUGAUUCAGAUCACUGGGGUUUUUUUUGCUCUGUCGCAAUAAAACAUCAAAUACUGUGCACUAUGAAAAA